AUGCAACCUCACGAACAUAUACAAAUCAAGGAGUCUUUCCUCGUUGGAAAAGCUUUGUUGAAUUUUACAUCGGUUUUUGUUUCGCUUGGGGUGUUUUUAUUUGGUUUUGAACAAGGGUUAAUGUCGUCAUUAAUCACAAACAAUUAUUUUAAAGUUUAUUAUCAUGAUCCACCACCAGCAGCAAUUGGUAUCAUGAUUGCAAUUCUUGAAAUUGGUGCAUUAUUUUCAUCUUUUAUUGCAGGUAGAGUAGGCGAUUUAGUUGGUAGAAAGAAAACCAUCCGGUAUGGAUCUUUUAUUUUUGUGGUUGGUGCCUUGAUUCAAUUUUUAUCUCCCAAUAUCUUCGUCUUGAGUGGUGGGAGGUUAAUUGGUGGUGUUGCUAUUGGAUUCCUCACGACAAUUGUCCCUUGCUACCAAUCAGAAAUCAGUCCACCUACUGAUAGGGGAUUUUAUGCGUGUGCUGAAUUCACCGGAAAUAUUAUUGGAUAUGGUGCUAGUAUUUGGGUUGAUUACGGGUUUUCAUUCUUGGAAAGUGAUGCUAGUUGGAGAAGUCCUCUUUUUGUACAAUUCGCAAUGGGAGUUUUACUUUGGUUGGGAACUUUUGUUAUUGUGGAAACACCACGGUGGUUGUUGAAUCAUGAUCAUGAUUUGGAAGGUAUGAUUGUUAUUGCAGACAUGUAUGCCGAUGGUGACGUUGAAGAUGAACACGCAAAAAACGAAUACAGGAACAUCAAGGAAAGCGUAUUGAUUGAUAGGAUCGAAGGUGGUGAAAGAUCGUAUCAAUAUUUGUUCAAACGAUACGCCAAGAGAUUAUCGGUUGCCUGUUUUGGCUUAUUGUUUAGUCAAUUGAAUGGGAUCAACUUGAUUUCUUAUUAUGCACCCAUGAUUUUUGAAAGUGCUGGUUGGGUUGGUAGAAAGGCUAUCUUUAUGACCGGUAUCAAUGCCAUCAUUUACAUCUUGAGUACCAUUCCACCAUGGUACUUGGUCGAUUCAUGGGGCAGAAAACCUUUAUUGAUGCUGGGUGCAUUGUUGAUGGGUAUUCCACUCUACUUGGCUGGGUAUUCAUUGCACUUGAAUAAUGACUAUACCGCAGCUGUUGUCGUUGCAUGCAUCAUAAUAGCCAAUGCUGCAUUUGGUUAUUCCUGGGGUGGUAUUGGAUGGCUCUUGCCCUCGGAGAUUUUACCCCUUCCAGUAAGAUCUAAAGGCGCGGCAAUUGCAACAGCCACCAAUUGGCUUUCAAACUUCAUUGUUGGCUUGGCAUCUCCAAUCUUGUUGGAUCAAAUCAAGUGGAAGACGUACUUGAUACCGGCAUCAUUUUGUUUCUUGUCCUUCUUUGCUGUAUGGUAUUUGUUUCCUGAAACUAAAGGCUUAUCUUUGGAAGAAAUGGGAUCGGUAUUUGAUGACAAAUCAUCCAUCUUUUCCUAUCAUGGAGCAGGAAUUGGGGGAGGCGCCAAUGGAAACGGCAGCAGCAGCCUCAGCAUCCAUUCAAAUUCCAACUACGGAUCAACACAGGAGCGAAGAUUAUCCAAUACUGAAUUUGUUACUGACUCGGUACAAACAGCAGCUUCGAUGGCUAGAAAUCCAGCAACUAUGCGUCCCGAAUUGGAUGAUAAUAUCAUCGCUGGGGCUAGUACAUCUUACUUGUCCUCAGGACCAUCUUCGGGAAUAAAGCCAGUUAAAUCAGACGGCACUUCAACCGCAUCCAUUGAUGGAUCAGCCACCGCUUCCGAUGCCAUCAUACAAGAAAUCGAACCUCCUUCAUUUGAAGAUAUUUUGUUGUUUAAAGUUAAGGAACAAUCAAGGCCUUUCUUUUUCGUUGAAUGGUUUAAAGGAUCGAAAAAGACAGCAGUGACUGACGAAGAAAGUAGAUUGUUGCAGUAG